CCUCCGGUCCUCCGCCUGUGUUGCUGGGGACGCUCGCACGGUUGCCAGGGAAAGCCCCGGACGUGACGGCUUUGCGCGACCCCGAGCUGCCCGCCCUCCCCCCUCCCAUCCGUCAUUCCCCUGCGUGCUCUUUACCCGCAAGCCCUUCCCUUCCCCCGUGGGUUCCAGACUUGGGAGAAGUAAACAGCAGGCGGAGCGAGCCAGGCCAGGCGGGAGCAUGCUGGGGCUCUGGGGGCAGCGGCUCCUCUCGGCGUGGGUCCUGCUGCUAUUGCCUUUCCUGCCGAUGCUGCUGCCCGCAGCCCCCUCGCCUCACCGCACGUCUUACAAGCCGGUUAUCGUGGUGCACGGGCUCUUCGACAGCUCGUACAACUUCCGCCACCUGCUGGAAUACAUCAAUGAGACACAUCCUGGGACUAUGGUGACAGUGCUCGAUCUCUUCGAUGGGAGAGAGAGCUUGCGACCCCUGUGGGAACAGGUGCAAGGGUUCCAAGAGGCUGUGGUCCCCAUCAUGGCAAAAGCCCCUCAAGGAGUGCAUCUCAUCUGCUACUCCCAGGGAGGCCUGGUGUGCCGAGCACUGCUCUGUGUCAUGGAUGAUCACAAUGUGGAUUCUUUCAUCUCCCUUUCCUCUCCACAGAUGGGACAGUAUGGAGACACAGACUAUUUGAAGUGGCUGUUCCCUACCUCCAUGCGAUCCAAUCUCUAUCGGAUCUGCUAUAGCCCAUGGGGCCAGGAAUUCUCCAUCUGUAACUACUGGCACGACCCUCACCAUGAUGACUUGUACCUCAAUGCUAGCAGCUUCCUGGCCCUGAUUAAUGGGGAAAGAGAUCAUCCUAAUGCCACAGCAUGGCGGAAGAACUUUCUUCGUGUGGGCCGUCUGGUGCUGAUUGGGGGCCCUGAUGAUGGUGUUAUUACUCCCUGGCAGUCCAGCUUCUUUGGUUUCUAUGAUGCAAAUGAGACAGUCUUGGAUAUGGAGGAACAACUGCCUGCCCCAGCCACCCACUAGUCUGAGCUGCUGCUGCUGAGGCUGGUCUGCCUGAAGGCUCCAAAGAGAAGAAGCCAGCCUGCAGAGUCUGGAGUAAAAGAAUCAUGGGUUCCGGGGCUGAGCUGUGUACUCUCUUAGGCGGACUCUCAUUUCUCCUGCUACUGAUAUCAGGCCAGGGGGCCAAGGGUGGAUCUCCCAAAGAGAGGUGACAACAGAGGGGGUGGGCCCGGGCUGAGUUCUUCAAGGCAACCUUCUGCUGGGGGUGGGGCUUCACAGGAACGGAACAACGUAUUGGUUUCAUUGGGGGUGGGGGCGGUAAAGUUGUUAUCUGUAGAGAAAGCUAGUCCUCAGUGACCCAGUGGGACUCCUGGCUCUCAGGAGUUUGGCGCACUCAGUGUCUCCUACCUCCUUCUUUGGCAUGGACGCAGCCAGGGGGUCUGCUCCAAGCAGACACUGGUGGUCCCGCUCCGCUACAACGAGUCCUACAGCCAACCCGUGUACAAGCCCUAUCUGACUGUAUGCGCUGGAAGACGCAUCUGUAGCACCUACAGGACCACUUACCGUGUGGCGUGGCGGGAGGUGAGGCGGGAGGUGCAGCAGACCCAUGCUGUAUGCUGCCAGGGCUGGAAGAAGCGGCACCCGGGGGCGCUCACCUGCGAAGCCAUCUGCACCAAGCCUUGCCUGAAUGGAGGCGUCUGCGUUCGGCCGGACCAGUGCGAGUGCGCCCCCGGCUGGGGAGGGAAGCACUGUCACGUGGACGUGGAUGAAUGUAGGACUGACAUCACUCUCUGCACGCACCGCUGUCUCAACACAGCAGGGAGCUUCACCUGCGACUGCCCCCAUGGCCUGUUGCUGGGCCCGGAUGGGCGCACCUGUGCAGAGGAAUUCUUGGAGGCCCCAACCAGCGCCAGCAUCCUCAGUGUGGCCGUUCGAGAGGCGGAGUAUGACGAGCAUGCAUUGAGGCAGGAGAUUCUCGAGCUGCGAGUGCGCCUGGAGCGGCUGGAGCAGUGGGUCGGUCAGGCUGGGGCCUGGGUCAGAGCAGUGCUGCCCAUGCCGCCUGAAGAGCUGCAGCCUGAACAGGUGGCAGAGCUGUGGGGCAGGGGUGACAGGAUCGAAUCUCUCAGCGACCAGGUGCUGCUGCUGGAGGAGAGGCUGGCCACCUGCUCCUGUGAGGACAACAGCCUAGGUCCUGGCCUCAAUCAUUGAUAAGAAGCUUCUGGAGCACCGUCUCUGCCCCCUAAUUUAUAUAGAAACUGGACCCACUAGUCCUCUGGGAUUGGUCAACUGGGAUCUGCAGAUAAGGCUAGCAGUCACCAAGGAGCAAUGAGCAAUGGAAACUGGAGAGUUGGAGAAAGGGGAAGGCAGGUCUUGGCCUACCCCUGAGCAUUCUAGCUGGGGCAGGUAGCCUGGGCAAGGACUGAUUUUCAACUUAACAAAUGUAACCAGCAAGCACCCAGAAGUCUCUCUCUCUCUCUUUAUUUUCUGUUUCUUGCUGUUAUCCAGAUAAUUAAUAAAAACCAACCACGC